AUGCUCACACAAAUCUUUUCUGGCCAUCUUGGAAAUCUUGAAUAUGCAGCUGCUUCCCUUGGUAACAAUGGUGUUCAAACUUUUGCCUAUGGUCUCAUGCUGGGAAUGGGAAGUGCUGUUGAAACACUAUGUGGACAAGCAUAUGGAGCACAUAGGUAUGGCAUGCUAGGCAUAUAUCUUCAAAGAUCAGCCAUCCUCCUAACUCUAACUGGAGUGUCACUUACAAUCAUAUACAUAUUUUCUAAGCCUAUUCUCUUAUUACUUGGUGAAGCACCAGACGUUGCAUCAGAAGCAGCAAUAUUCAUCUAUGGCUUAAUCCCUCAAAUAUUUGCCUAUGCUGCCAACUUCCCUAAACAAAAAUUUCUCCAAGCACAGAGUAUUGUAGCCCCAAGUGCCUAUAUCUCUUUUGGAACACUAGCUUUUCAUGUCUUAUUCAGUUGGCUAGCAACAUAUAAGCUUGGCCUUGGCUUGUUGGGGUCAUCAUUAGUCCUUAGUGUGUCCUGGUGGAUUGUGGUUGUGGGGCAAUUUAUAUACAUAGUGAAGAGUGAAAGAUGCAAGAAAACAUGGGCUGGAUUUAACAUGGAUGCGUUUCAUGGACUUUGGAGUUUCUUUAGACUGUCUGUUACUUCAGCUGUGAUGCUUUGCUUAGAGACUUGGUACAUUCAAAUUCUGGUUUUGCUGGCUGGAUUGCUGGAUCAUCCUGAAUUGGCUCUUGAUUCACUCUCCGUAUGUGUGAGAGUAGGCAAUGAGCUUGGAGCAGGACAUCCAAAAACUGCAGCAUUUUCAGUACUAGUAGUGAAUUGCUUGUCAACCAUUUGUGCAAUAAUAGCAGCGAUAAUAGUGCUUGCGCUCCGCCACGUCAUCAGCUACAUCUUCACAGAAGGCGAAACCGUGGCUGAAGCAGUCUCCGAGCUCACCCCAUACCUCGCGGUUAGCCUCGUUCUCAACGGAAUCCAACCUGCCUUAUCUGGUGUUGCUGUUGGAUGUGGAUGGCAAACCUUUGUUGCCUACGUGAAUGUUGGAUGUUAUUAUCUUAUUGGAAUUCCUUUGGGUGCUUUAUUUGGAUUUUACUUUAAGUACGGUGCUAAGGGGAUAUGGAUAGGAAUUAUAAGCGGUGUAUUUCUUCAAACCCUGAUUUUGUUGUGGACAACUUUUCGUACAGAUUGGAACAAAGAGGUGGAAAUUGCUCAGAAGAGGUUGGCUACGUGGGACGACCAAAAGCAACCACUCCUAAAUGACGACAAGUAAACAGGAAGUGAAACAGAAAACUACAACAAUGAGGGACUUUUUGGAGAUAAUUGGGAUUUCAAACAGCUGGGCCCACAUGGUGCUACAAAG